AUGAACAGGCAUAAAACAACCCGUUACACAGUUCCAACCUACAUUGUUGCUGAAUCUUACGGCGGGAAAAUGGCAACGUAUUUUGUUUUACUUUGGGAUAAGGUCCAGAACCCCACAGAUGGUACUGAAAAGUUUAAGAGUAAUUUGAAAGGAAUUGGCUUGGGAGAUCCUUGGAUCUCACCAUUAGAUUCAAUUCUUUUUUACGCUCCCUUUUUAUUAAACACGGGGAUGAUAAAUUACAAUGGUUAUGAGAAAAUCCAACAGGCAGCAAGUUUGACAAAAUAUGCGAUAGAUUCAGGAAACUGGUCUAACGCAAUCAAACAAUUCAAAAAUACAUGGAUUACUAUCAUUAAUUGCACAAAUAACAUUGAUUUGUACAAUUUUUUAGAAAAGAAAAUACAGUUAUUUGAAUCGCAUCUAGCAUUUUCUUCUCUUACUCAAAAAACUCAGCAAAAUGUAAGGUUUGACCAAAAACUAAAUUCCCUUAUGAACGGCAGUGUUAGAAGAACUCUGGGUCUUAUAAGGCCGUUCAAAGUACGUUCAUAUGACAUUAAACAUAGCUUGCGUGAAGACUUUUUGAAGCCAGUAACAAAUAUCGUUGAAAGAAUCCUCAAUGAAACAAAUCUCAAAGUAUUUAUAUACAACGGACAACUAGACGUUGUUAUUCCAACUUCCAGUACGCUCACCUGGAUUGAAAAACUACAUUGGGAUGGCGCAUAAAAUUGAAAAAAAUCAGAACGGAAAGCCAUCACUAUUGACAAUUACAUUGAAGGCUACGUACAAGGCUUCACAAAGUUAAAGAUGUUCUGGAUUAAUAGAGCUGGUCAUAUGGCACCAGAAGAUAAUUACCAAGCGACACAUGUAAUGCUCCAAAUGCUAACUAAUGCUUCAUAAUUCUUCUAUUAUUUUUAUGAAAAAUUAUUCCAAUUCUCAUAUAUGUAGUAAUAAAUUUCUAGAUUGUACAAUAAUUUGAUUAAAAUAAAAUUUUUUAAAUUUAUGAAA